CUUCGAAUCGAAGCUGACGCACUUUCUCGAAGAGCUCGCGGAAGCCAUUGCCGAGGUCUCUCUCGCCCUCUGUUCUUCGGCUUCAUUUCGCUGACAAGGAAACGAGCUCCAAUCCGUAAUUGGAGACGGCUUCAUUCUUCGCUGCCGCAAUCGUCGCGUGUGAAUUACCAGACGCCAUUACUGCUUCGGCUCCGAUUCGUGUUCUGACCUCUCGCUUUCUUUGGAGAAGGGAUCAAUCAAAAAGCAAGCAAUAGCUGCUCUCUCUCUCUCCGGACAGAAUAGUUUCCAUUCUCCGCUUUCUCAUUUCUGGAGGAAAAGAAAAUCACAAAUCCGGAAAUUUCCAGAAUUCAAAAGAAAAAAAAGAACUUUGUCAUUUUCCUCGGGGCGGUUUCCGGGUUGGGUUGUUGAUGGGUCGGUUUUGAUUCGGAGGCGUUUCUCUUCCCCUCGAUCACAACCGGAACCUCCCGGCGAUCUGUCUCGCUCACUCUCUUCCAGCGCAAAAGAUUGACCCGAUCGUCGACGAUCGUCUAUGAUUGAAGAAUGGACAAGGUCGUGGAAGCUGUUGAGGAAGUGAAGAAGGAAUGGGGUGAGGCGUAUGCCAAAACCCAAGAGCAUAUAAAGGCCAUUGAGGAGUAUAGCAAGUCGAGAGAGGAGAAGAAUUCCCUCCCGAGGUUGAACGGUCUGGCACAGGAUGGCUUGGCUCUGUUGAAUUCGCUGCAGUUUAAACUCGAUCUUCUCGCCCCGCAGCUGCCCGCCAUCGAUUCGGUCGAAUCUGCCAAGUCAGUGCUCGAGUCUUGGAAGACCCGGAGCCAAAACUUGCGAAUGAGGUUGAGGAAUGCUAAUUUGCAAGCAAGGGCUAAUCUGAGGAAGGCUGCGCAAGAAGAGAGGGAACUGCUUCUUGGUGGCGGAGAAGAAUCAACAAUUCGCAGACGCAAUUUACAGACAAAAGCUGGAAUGACAUCUGCCGCAGAAAGCAUCACAGAUAGCCUUCGCCGCACUCGUCAACUGAUGGUCCAGGAGGUAGAACGAACUGCAAGCACACUCAUGACUGUUGACGAAUCGACUGGAGUUCUAAGGAAGGCUGAAAGUGAGUACAAGGGCCACCGUUCAUUGUUGAUGCGCACCCGAAGCCUACUUUCUACAAUGCGACGUCAAGAUGUGAUUGACAGGAUAAUAAUUGCUGUUGGAUUUAUCCUGUUCUCGUGUGCUGUUCUAUAUGUCGUUUCGAAACGCAUUGGGCUACUGAAAUUGCAGAGGAAGGUCACAGCUGCACUGAAGGCGGGUAUGGCAGGACAAGCAGAGAUUGGACUUAGAGGCAACCAAGAGGGCAUCAAUAUCCCCCAUAUCGUUGAUAAUCUAAUUCCCAAUUUGAAUCUUCCAUUGGAUAGACCUAUGCACGACGAACUUUGAGCUUCUCUAGGUGCUUUCUAGAGUACGGCAUGUCAACUUGGUUCUGCUCGCUUGGCUCACUUUCAAUUAAAAGGAAGAUGGAGUGACAUGCCAUACUUUCUGUCACAAUUGUUAUGCUCAGGUUUAGGGACUGACUUUGUUGGGUCAUAGUAAAAGAGUACAUUGUGUAUCCCCCUAGUCCACAUUUUAGAUUUCUCACUCGACGUCAAUGACUUCUGCAAAA